AAAUAUUUACGGCCACGUUCAUUGUGUGGUUCCCCAAGUACGUGUUGCAUGCAGAGAGAUCCUUGUAUCAUCGUAGCUUCUCUUCUAUUCACCGUGCUAGCAAGAAGAGAGAGAGAGACACAAUAAACAACUGAAGUGGAUAAUCAGUGUAUGUAAACCUAGUACCUAUUGACGAGAGCACUGAGUCAUGGAAUCAAUUGAUUUAUCACAACUCAAGGAUCCAGCUGGAAUAUUUGAACUGAUCGAAGUUGUCGGCAAUGGCACGUACGGUCAGGUACACAAGGGCCGGCAUGUCAAGACGGGUCAGCUAGCUGCCAUCAAGAUCAUGGAGGUCACAGAGGAUGAGGAGGAAGAGAUCCGAUUGGAAGUGGACGUUCUUAGGAAGUUCUCUUAUCACCAGAACAUAGCCACGUACUACGGUGCCUUUGUGCAGAAGGGAGACAUUGGACACGAGGACCAGUUAUGGCUGGUGAUGGAGUACUGUGGUGCUGGGUCAGUGACUGAUCUGGUCAAGUCCACCAAGAACAGAAGCCUCAAGGAGGACUGGAUAGCGUACAUCUGUAGAGAGGUCCUACGGGGUUUGAGUCAUCUCCACAAGCAGAAGGUGAUCCAUCGUGAUAUCAAGGGUCAGAACGUCCUUCUCACAGACAAUGCAGACAUCAAAUUGGUUGACUUUGGAGUGUCAGCACAGCUGGACAGAACCAUUGGCAAGAGAAACACAUUCAUUGGGACUCCAUACUGGAUGGCCCCUGAGGUCAUUGCCUGUGAUCAGGACCCUACAGCUACAUACGACUAUAGGAGUGAUCAAUGGUCUCUCGGGAUCACGGCCAUAGAAAUUGCAGAAGGAGAACCUCCUCUGUGCAGCAUGCACCCAAUGAGAGCCUUGUUCCUCAUCCCACGCAACCCACCACCCAGACUCAAACAGACCAAGAAAUGGUCACCAAGAUUCAUCAACUUCAUAGACCAAUGUCUCACCAAGGACCCAACAAGAAGACCCACUUCAGACGAACUGCUCAGGCACCCGUUCGUGACAGAGUUCAAUGAGAGAGGUUGUCGAGUGAGCCUUCGUGAGCAGAUUGAUCGCAUGAAACGCAAGAAGGCAUCGGAUGACUAUGAGUACAGCGGCAGCGAGGAAGACCCCUCUCUAGAGCAGCCCACCAUUAAGAAGCACGGGGCCGGCGGUGCAACAGGGGGUGGGGCACUCUCACCCACCACCUCCGGGGUCUCCAUCGGUGAAGAUGAGGAUGACGAGGAAGAGGACGAGUUCACAGGACAGGAGACACUCAUGACUGGGCGGGGUGGACCCACGGGAGAGUUCUCUGACCAGGACACUUUGGUCAUCAGAGAGGGACAGUCAGGGGGCACAGCAUCGUCUAGUGCGAUCAUGAACCCUCAACUGGCUGCAUUAGUGGGGCAAAACGCUCCUCGUCAAUCAUUUAUCUACACCCCACCCGAGGCUGCUAGGCCACGCCCUAGUCAGCAACCUGCCCGGCAACCUGCCGAGGGUCGAAGGUCAAAUCCUGGCGAGAAUGGCGGAGUACCGAGACCGGCUCAACAGGAAGGCCCCAAAAUGAGUCCUGAGAUUCGCAAGUACAAGCGCAAGUUCAGUGGUGAGAUCUUGUGUGGAGCACUGUGGGGGGUCAACCUCCUGGUCGGUACUGACAACGGACUCUUGUUACUGGACAGAAGUGGACACGGAAAAGUGUUUCCUCUGAUCAACCGGAGAAGGUUCUCUCAGAUUGAGGUACUGGAGGGGCUCAAUGUGCUGGUGUGUAUCAAUGGCCGUAAGAACAAGCUACGUGUCUACUACCUUUCCUGGCUCAGGAACAAGAUUCUCAAGGGAGAUGAUUUUGAGUCUGGGCACAAGGUGAGGAAUGGCUAUGUGUCUGUAGGAGACCUGGAGCAAUGCAUACACUACAACGUUGUUCAACAUGAUAGAAUGAAGUUCCUGUGUAUUGGCACUACAACGGGAGUGGAGGUGUACGCUUGGGCCCAGAAACCAUACUCAAAGUUCAUGGGCUUCAAGUCAUUUCAUGACCUCCCCCAAAAGCCAGUGCUGGUAGACAUGGUGUGUGAGACCAACAACAGAACCAAGGUCCUCUACGCAUCCAGCGUCGGUUUCCAUGGCAUUGAUCUGGAUACGGGUGCUGUGCAAGACUUGUUCCUACCGAACCCCUCUCGUGGUAUCAUCAAACCCCACGCCAUCAUCACCCUACCUCGCUCUGAGGGGAUGGAGCUACUGCUCUGCUUUGACAAUGAAGGUGUCUAUGUCAACUCUAAUGGAGGACAGGUAAAGGACUCUAGGUUGCAAUGGGGAGAGGUUCCUUCUUCCAUAGCUCUAAUUGGUGACUCCCACGUCAUGGGUUGGGGUAGCAAGGCCAUCGAGAUUAGAGCAGUGGAGAACGGACAGCUGGACGGAGUGUUUAUGCACAAGAGGAUACAAAAACUUCGGUUUCUCUGCGAGAGGAACGAUAAGGUCUUCUUUGCCAGUAUCCGCUCCUCCAGUAGCAGCCAAGUGUACUUCAUGGCCCUGAACAGAAGACUAGUCUAAUGGUCCUGUUCUACAUGUCUUGUUUCUUUGCCGUUAAUUUGCCAGAUUAUUCUUAUAAUAAUUAUCAAGAACCUAAGUUGUUAUGCAUGUGCAUUAAUUUUAAAUGAAUGGUCAGCAAACCAUACUAAACAGCACAGCACCCUCUGUGUACGUGUUACUUUUUAGUAACUGUGUAGUCAGACUUGUAUAGUGUUAUUAUGAAUGUACUUGUUUUUUUUUCUGUUAUGUUUUAUCUGAGCACAUAUAAACACCAUCCUUAGUGUAUUUAUACAUGAUGUGAAUAAUAUUGGGCAUAA